GUCAACCAGGAAGCAACAUCUCACCAGUUCAUCUUUCCUAACACCCGGUCUGGCACCUGGCAGACGAAGCUUACCUUAACUACCAGUUAAACUGCAGCAUAAGUAUGAUGCAUAGGUCUGGAGGAGUCACCAGAAAGAUGAUGCUGAAGUUACUGUGGCUGCUGAUGUUGUUAUUGGAGGUAGGAAUCUCGCAAGAGUUUACCAACACUUCGUCAACAGUUUACCAACUCUACGCGGAAAAUCAAAGCUGUGGUACAGUUUUCAAGAGUACCACAGUGUUCUCCGUUGUCUCCUGUGCUCUGAUCUGCACUCCAGAAUGGCAGUGUGUUGGGUUCGGAAUCAAGGCUCUUGGGGGGUCCUGGAGAGUAUGUGAGAUGGUCAACAUAUCCUCCAGCUGUGUCUCACAACCCAACUUCAAUUUUUAUCUGGCUCAAAGUUUUAUCCCAACAUCCUCAGGAACUGAGACAACUAUUGAUGCAUCGGCUUCUACGGUAGCAACGGUUUCUAGCACAGCAGGACCAACUGGGGUCUCUGAGGUGUCUCAACCUAACCAAAAUUCACCACCAUCACCCGCAGGACUCCCAUCACCCUCAGGUCCCACACCUCCCUCACGUCCCCCAUCACCCCCACGUCCCCCACCAACCCCAGGUCCCCUAUCACCUUAACACCCAGGAGGUUCCCCCCUAUAAAAAAUAAUAUUGCUACUUCAUAUCAAGUCUCUUAGCCUCCAAGUCCAACCAGCCUCACAGUACACAUAUUAGUCGGCGCUGGUUAACAAUCCUACACAUUUAAGGUGAAUUACCCAUCAAACAAGGCAAUUACUAAGAUUUCUAAGUCUAAUAUUGUAAAAAGUAUAUGAGCUACUCUGUUAGUUUUUGAUAUGGUAGUGAGUCUAUGUCUUCUACAAUAUAUGGUAGUGAGUCUAUGUCUCCUACAAUAUAUGGUAGUGAGUCUAUGUCUUCUACAAUAUAUGGUAGUGAGUCUAUGUCUUCUACAAUAUAUGGUAGUGAGUCUAUGUCUUCUACAAUAUAUGGUAGUGAGUCUAUGUCUUCUACAAUAUAUGGUAGUGAGUCUAUGUCUUCAACAAUAUAUGGUAGUGAGUCUAUGUCUUCUACAAUAUAUGGUAGUGAGUCUAUGUCUUCUACAAUAUAUGGUAGUGAGUCUAUGUCUCCUACAAUAUAUGGUAGUGAGUCUAUGUCUUCUACAAUAUAUGGUAGUGAGUCUAUGUCUUCUACAAUAUAUGGUAGUGAGUCUAUGUCUUCUACAAUAUAUGGUAGUGAGUCUAUGUCUUCUACAAUAUAUGGUAGUGAGUCUAUGUCUUCAACAAUAUAUGGUAGUGAGUCUGUGUC